AGAAGCUGGGAUGCGCUUAAUUUAUUUAUUUUUUUCUCUCCGCCGCUCUCCGCCGCUCUCCGCAUUCGCGUUCCCUCCUUGAUAUUCGAGUUUCUGGCAACCUGAUCCGCAUGACACGGUCCUAACUCCUGCGACGCCUUAUAGCCUCAAUCACCCUCUUUGAGCCCGUAUGGCAGAAGAGAGCCGGCAUUGGCUUCUUCAAAUGAUCAAGUUCUUCCCUCUCGUUUAAGAACCAUUUCAACUAAACCAAUGUAGAAGUCUGUCUCUGGAAAUUAUAGAUUAGCUUAUCUCCUCUCUUUAGAAGGAUUUUAUUGCUGAAUUCGAUCUUCCCUCACAAUGUCUUUUGCUCCCAUAUGGCCGGGAAACUUUCAUCAGAGAAGGAGCUACGUAGGGAGCAAUUGUAGUUUCAGAGUUCUCAAAUCCCAUGCUGAAUUAUUUCCUGGAAAACAAUUGGAGCCUAGGAUAUACUUUUUACAGCCUUUAGCAACAAAAAUAGAAGGAAGGAAUCAAUGGUCACACAACACCGGCGCUUGUGAUAUCAGUCUAAGGAUUCCUAAUGGUACUGCUGAAACAUUGAAGAAUAUUAUUAACAAAAAGUCAGAUUUUCAUGAAUACAAGCCUGCUCAGCAUUGUCAUAUCCAGAAAAUUUCGGAGGACAAAAUGUAUGGUCGCCCUGCUACUGUUUUAGUAUUUGAUACUGAAACAACUGGUCUCAGUAAAGAAUGGGGGAGGAUAAUUGAAAUUGCAAUUCGUGAUCUCAUUGGGGGUAAGAAUAGUACAUUUCAAACACUUAUAAAUCCUGGAAGAGCUGUACCAAACACAGAUGUUCAUGGCAUUAGCUCUGGUAUGGUUAGCAGGCCCGGGAUUCCAAGUUUUGAGGAACUUAUUCCCAUUCUACGGCAAUUUGUAAGUAGCCGUCAAAGGAAUGGCAGACCAGUGCUAUGGAUUGCACAUAAUGGACGAAGAUUUGAUGUGCCUUUCCUCAUUAGGGAAUUCAAUCGUUGUUCAGUGGAAAUUCCUGAAGAUUGGUACUUUCUAGAUACACUUUAUCUUGCACGCCAGUUAAGAAAGCCAGACGGUACCAUAAUUUAUGCAAUUGAAACAAAUGGAGCAAAAGUGGAACAAUUUGGAGUUAAAUAGAGUAAAUUGGGGUCAAUGGGGCAUAGAAGAAAAAUUGGCCUGACGCCUAGGCACCAUAAUUAUUUUUUUUAAAUGCAAUGUAUUUAGACGAAUUUUGAAGGGGCAUCUAAAGUGACUCUUGGAGAUUUCGAGAGUUAUAAUAAAAAGAGAGAUUUCCCUGUGUUAGACUCUCUUCCUUUGUGUGUGUUGGUGUCUUUUGGGGGGUGUGUGUGUGUGUGUGCGGUGUAAUCCUAGAGGGAGAAGAGAAAGUGAGGCUUAGUGUCUCUUCGUGUGGAAAGUGUCUUUUGGAGUUUUGGUGACACUUGGGACUUUAGAGAGAAGUGUAAGGGUUACUAUAAAGAUAAGUCUUGUACUUUUAUUCUAUUUGUUUUCAAUUACUGCAAUAAAGUUGUGUGAUUUCAAUGUCA